UUAUCAGGAAAAAAUCGUCGAACAGCUGAUGUACGCUCCAAAGGCUUUUCAUUGUUGUUUAGCUUGUGCAAGCAGGACUUUGAAGAAGCAAUGAAGAAUUAUCCACAAGCCUACGGAUUACUUCGCAAGAAGGCACGACGUGUGCUCAGAAAAGAUAAGAAAAAGGCAGAAGAAGACAAAAAGAAAAAGGCCGAAUUGGAAUCUGGAGUCCCUGAUCAAGAAACUAAACCUGCUUCAUGUAAUGAAAUGGCCAAUGGGAAAGCAAACUUGAGACCAGGACUAUCAGUGAAUGACACAUCAAAAGGUGAUGAGAACACUGGAGGAAUAGAUUAUCGAAAUGAUCUUGUCGAUGAGGAAGAAUUGAAGCAAUGGGUGGAGAGGUUUGGCCCGAUCAUAGAAGUCAUCAAAGAUGUGGGAGAAACGCCUGAGCAAAUGAAUUAA